CAUAGAUGAUUCAAGUAGCUCAAGAGCUAAAUUUCUUGAUGACACUAAAUUUCUUGAUGACACAAUCAGCCAAGGAGGGUCGCAGGAUCUUUAAAGGAUGGAAAGACCUCAAAUUGACAACCUUCCAAAUUCAAAUCAAAUAAAUGAAACUUAUGAGCCACAAUCUGGAGUAGAGGUAGAAAAUGCAUCAAUACCUUCAAGCUCUCUAGAUAUUGAAUCUACAAAUUGUCUUCUUAGAGAGAGAAGUCAAGAUGCAACUAGCAUAAUGGGACAAAACAGAUCACCUUUUCUUCAACAUGAUAUGAUUGAACCAAAGGUAGUUGGAGUCUCACUGCCACCACACAACAGUAGCUCAUCAUCGAUUCAUCCUAUGCAGACUAGAUCUAAAACGGGGAACCAUACGGGACAUGUCAAAACCAAUUUCACAAAGCAUGCUCAAACAAUGAUAACUAAUGAUCCUCCUUCACGUGUUUCAGGUCUUGACAUUCAAGAACCAAAAUCAGUUAAGAGAGCACUUCAAAUACCACAUUGGGUUGCAGCUAUGCGUGACGAGCUAGAUGCCUUGCGGAAAAACAAUACUUGGGAGUUAGUUCCUCGUCCAUCUGAUGCUAACAUUGACAUCAUUACCAAUCUAAGUAAGGAGUUUGCACUCAAAGACUUAGGCCCACUCCAUUACUUCCUUGGUAGAGAGGAGUCUACCACCCCCCGAGAUGCCGAUCUAAUAGAUGCUACAAUGUAUAGAAGCAUUGUAGGAGCACUUCCAUACUUGACCAUCACAAGGAUAGACAUUUGCCAUGUUGUUAAUCGAAGUACUUUGUCUCUUAUUGGGUUCUGUGAUGCUGACUGGGUUGGAUGCUCUAUCACUCGCCGCAGUACUACUGGGUUUUGUAUAUUCCUUGGGGCCAAUUGCAUCUCUUGGUCAUCAAAGAAACAGUCAACAGUGGCUCGCUCAACAGCAGAAGCAGAAUACAGGGCACUUGCCUCCACUGCAGCUGAACUGCUUGAAGUUGCUCCAUCCUCCCACUCCAGCUUGAGGGGGAGUAUGAAGGCCUGUACAACAUAUCAGGAUCAUGAUCCUGCAAACAAGGAAAGUUCUAUGACAAACAAUCAAGAAGGAAAGCAAAAGAAAUCUUCAAUUCAAUGCAGAAACUCUCAAUCAAAGCUGAAAAUAUUCAAUCACAGUAAUGGACUCAAUCACAGCAAGAAUUCACAAUCAAGACUAAUUGCAAUAACUUAGGAUUUUACCGUUGGAUGUAAUUACAUAUAUAUAUCUGUACCAAGUUAGAUUAAAAUACAAGCUCAGUAUUCUU